AUGGCCAUGCUCAGUUUCUGGGCCAGCCCGCAACAGCCUGCAGCUCUGGUGAACUUGGUGACCUUUCCUCGGCUGCGGCUGGUGGUCACCGUGGACGAGCAGGGACUGAUCAAAGUGUGGAAAGCGGAAGACGGCUGGGAGUGCGCCUCCUUCUCCCUGCCCACCUCCUCGGCUGCCUUGGAAGCCUGUCACCAGCCCGAAGGCCCCUUUCUGCUGGCUGCCUGUGCUGAGGGGGCAGUGUACAUGCUGACCCUGCCAGAGCUGCAGCUGCUCUCCAGAGCGAGCCUGUUUCCAGGCAGCGCCCCAAGCCUCCUCUGCUCUCCUGACGGCCAGUGGCUGUUAGCACUCACCGAGCGCUCAGGCCUGGGCGCAAAGGUGAUCCACACGCGCUCUUUGCUACUCCGGCAGGAAGAGGAGGCUCCCGUCUCUGCGCUUCUCCCUGUACAGCUGCCGUCCAAGGCCCGCUGGGCCCCCCUGGAGGCAGCCAGGCUCAUAGUGCUGCACAGGAGCGACAGCGGCGAGCACGGGGUCGUCACCACGUUCGAGCUGGGGACGAAGAGGUGCAAGGAUAGUGUGGGCAUUCUGGCACAGGAGGUUGCCAGCUUCCCCCUGCCAGACUCCAUGGUGGCCCCGCCUCUUCUGAAAGCUCACGGGUCUCAGGUGGUCCUGGUGGGGUCUGACUUGGAGCUGGUGGUCUUCACCAUCCACGGCCUGCAGCUGGCAGCCCAUCAGGACCACCAGCAGCCUGUCACGGACAUAUGGGUGGAUGAGAGCCGAGUCGUCACCUCUUCCCUUGACCUCUCCCUGCGAAUCUACAUGUGGAAACAGGACGGGACCUGGCCUGUCCUCAAGAGCUGCUAUCACCUGCUGGGAGGGUCCCACAGAUGGUCCAGUGGGUUCACCCAGGUGGAAUGCGACAGCAUGAGCAUUGUAGGUGUGGAAUCCAGGAAAACUGGAAUGAGCGUCCUCAGAUCCUACUGCUUCAGAGUGUCGCGAGACUGCUGGGACAGCCUCGGCCAGGUCAGAGAACUCGUGUGACUACAGAGACCGAAAUGAAUGUGUAUCAACAUUGCGGAUGAAUUGGACUCUCUCCCACACCUGCCGUGAGCCACGCUUUGUGCUCUAGUUCUGUUUUUGUUAUUGUUUUGUUUGGGGGCCAGAUCUGGCAGUGCUCAGGGCUUCCUCCUGGCUCUGUGCUCAGGGAUCACUCCUGUUGGUGCUCACGGCACCAAUAUGUGCUCCCAGGGAUAGAACCUUGGCUGCUUGCAUCUAUUUUUAUUGGGGGUUUUCACACGUGGCUUUGUGACCAGGGAUCACUCAGGGUAGUGCUUGGGGACCACAUGUGGGGGCAUGGAUUGAACCCGGAUUGGCUGCAUGCAGGCAGAUACACCCGCUGUACUCUCCUCAGGCCCCUAUGACUGUUCUUAAAUCACUCCCACAAGCCAGUGACAUUUACCUUAUAUUUUCAUAUAAGCAGCAAGAAAUACAA